CGCCUGCAGAGGGGAGCAGCCGCCCGCGCUCGCUGCGCUCCCCCCGCGCCGGAAUCUGCGCGCCCGUCUCCAUUCAUGCGCCGCGCUGGGGGGGGGGGAGGGACCUGCCCCCAGCCCUCCCCUCCGCCAGCCCCCCGCCACCCCGGCCGGCGGCCAGCUGCCCAGCCCCGCUCCCGUCGCCGGCUCGGCCCCCGGCCGCAAACAAAGGGCGAGCGGCUGGGGCUGGGCUACUCCGCCGGCCGGGGGCGCAGCAGCGGAGCUGGGCGGCCGUGGGGACGCGCAGCCGGGGAGCCGCUCCUAGCGAGGCUCCAGGCAGCCAGCGAGAGCAGCGUUUAACUCCGGCCCUUGCCCUGCGUCCUAGGGCCGCGUGGCUGAGAGCAGAGGAGACCCCCGGCUGGACGGGGACAUGAAGAAGAGCCGGAGCGUCCUGGCUGUGACGGUGGACGAGAAGCCCAAGGACCUGCUGGAGCCCGGGCUCUGCAGCCGCUCCUACACCGCUGGCAGCAUGCUGGGCGCGGACCUGCGGCGGGGCCGGCGCCGCCUCUCCUCCAGCCUGCAGGUGCCACCGUGGAAACCCCUGGACCGGGCGCGAUCACCGGAGGCCGACAGCGUCCAGAGGCCGACCACCCUGCCCCUGCGCAUCCCGCCCCGCAUCGCCAUCACCCACGCUGAGCCGGACAGGUAG